AUGCUUAUCUCCGGUCUCGCCGGCAUCGUAGUCGUCGAAAUCUACGCCGCCGUCAUGCAACGUGUGUACCAAAACACGGACAAUAGAGUCGGGAAGGGGUUCGCCAUUCUGGGGAUCUAUCUUUUCGUGGUGGCUUACUACGGCAUGCUUAACAGCACUACCUGGCUCUACGGUGCCGAAGUCCUACCCAUCGCUCUGCGCAGCAAGGUCAUGGGUCUGGCAGCAGCUUCGCACUUUAUCGUGAACGUCGCAAUCACCGAAGCAGGACCCAGCGCCUUCGCCAACAUCCACGAGAACUACUAUUAUGUAUUCGUGGCCUGCUCGCUCUUUUUCUUGGUCGUGGCGUACUUUUAUUUCCCGGAGACGAAGCGCAAGACACUCGAAGAGAUCGCGGCAUCGUUCGGCGACAAGGUGAUCGCGCCGGAAGAUCGUGGGGUGGAUGGGUGUGUUGUUGAUGAGGAUGAAGGGGAUGACGGAGAUACGAAGCCUCGGGUGAAGGAGGUGGAGGGAUGA